AUGUCGGAUUUCGAGGACGAAGAAGGAGUAGAUGAACCGGUCUUAGAUGAUGAAAAUGAAGAUGAAGGACAAGAAGAAGAAGAGGUUCGUGUUUCUAAAAACCUAAGCUAUCAAUAUUCAUGCUUACUGCAUAUCGAACAAUUUGAGACUAGCUGUAAAAUUGGGUUUUUACGUUCUUGUUUUGGCGCGCUUUGAAACUUUGACUGAUUUUUUCUUCACUUUUUGUGUAUCUGUGCUCAUCUAGAAACCCCCGGAGAAUCCUCUAACGGAGGAAAUGUUAGCAGACAGCCUUUCUUUGCUGUGUAAGACUGGAGAUGGACUAGCACAUGCAUAUGUGCGCCUCGAUAUUCAUGAAAAGUAAGCUCAAGUUCUCUGUAACUCUGUAAUUAAGCAUUGCGCUUUUGCAAGUCUUGAAAAAUUUUAUAAGCUUGUAAUGUACAUUGUAAAUGAUCACUCAGAGCUUUGUGAUCUGUACAAAUGUAAACUUAUGUGUAUGCUGUGAAUAAUUUGUGCAUAUGAACGGAUCUGAACAACUGAAGUCCAUAAAUUUACCACGCAACAUGAUGUUUACGUUUCAAAUGUUUGUUAGGUUCGUGUUUGUGGUUAUUCAUCAUCGGCAGAUAUUCUGAAACUACUAUUAUGUAAUUUCUAAUAACAUUAUUGGGUACAUGUAAACGCAGGGGCUUCGAUAAAAGUAUGAAGUAGCCAGCAGGUUUGAAUAGAGUAACCGACUGUAUCAACAAGGGGCCAUUAGUUCCCCUUAAGAUGGAGGAUGGCAGAGGGUCUGGUCGGCGCAUUCUGCCCUAGAAAAUUUUGAAAUUUCAAAGCCCUAAAACAGUGUGAAAUGCAAUUUUCAGUGUUCUGGUGACUAAAUUUGGGGACAAAACAGCGUGUGUUAUAAAGAAACUUGUGAAAAAAUGACUCAGUGAAAUAUAGCAUGACUAAAGUAUAAUGAAAUCAGUGGGCCUCAUAAUUACGGUACUUGUGCAUUCAGAUUUUAUGAUAUAUUUCCUGUUUACAGUGUUAUUCAAAUUAGUUGCUUAUUAUUUCUGGAAAAAGUAGCCGACCUCUAUGGGUAAAGUAGCCAACGUGUUUCUUCGGCCAUCAGUCCUUAUUGAAACUCCUGUAAACAUAUGGCAUAAUGCACAAGUAAAAUAAGAAUAAUAAUAGCUUUGAAUAAAAUAAUAAGUAAGUAAGUUCGUUAAGAAAUAAAUAAAUUAAUUAAUUGAUUUAUACAUGAUUAAAAUAAAGUGGAAAAAGUUCUAUACCCAAGAAGCCUCCUACAUACCCAUGACAUUCUUAGGGCUUAGUCACACAUCCCUUCCUGACGAUUUUCUGCUGAAACAAGCAGUUUAGACAGUAUACAGAAUCCAAGACUGCCUUGCAUUAUGGGGCAAUGCAGUUUUCAUGUAUUAACCCCUCUUUUCUUUAACUACAGGGAACUGACAGACAUAAGCAUUCUAAACUGCUUCAUUCACUUAAGAUACGUGGUAAGAACAAACUCUAAUAAUCUAAUCUUAAAGCAAUGUCUUUGUUGGUCAGAAGUAAUGUUUCCCUUCAGCGUGCAAUGAAAGUCGUGUCCGAUAUCCCGGGGCUAGUGGAUUUUGCUACCGGGCUAGUGUAUUUUGUUCUUAACUUGCCCGACGGGCAAGUGCUUUUUUGGGGGGAAAUUCAAAUUACAGAAGGAUUGUUAUCAAUCCUGCCAAUCAAAAAGGGUUUUGGGGCUAGUUAAAAUGACUUGUGGGCUAGUACAUACUAGCUACCGCUUGCCCGAAUGGCAGGCUGUAAAACUGACUUUCUUUGCACCCUGCCCUUAAACUACACAAUCAGAGCUGUCAUUAAGAGGCGGGGACUGGGGAUUUCCCCCGGCUAUGAUAAAUGUGGUCCACAGCUAUUUUCAAAGGAAAGUAGAAGAAAAAUAAAAGCAAAAGAAAUCCCUAGCUGUUUGAUUCCCCGCCUACUUGUUGUAUUUUCCCGGCAACAUAAAAUCUUAGUGACAACCCUGCACAAUCAUGUGAUACACAUUAUUUUGUCUUUUGUUUUUACAGGAUAUCAGUGGUAACCAGCUGAGAGAUGUUUCUCCUUUGAACUCAUUAACUCAUCUCCUUACACUAAAAGCAGAAAGGAAUCUCUUACAUUCAGCCAAGCUAGAUGAGGUUAGAGAGCACAGUUUGUCUAGAGUGAUUUUACUAAACCUGUGAAAUGAACAGUAUGUGACAAUUAUUAAUACCCAAUAUAGUUACUUAAGAAAACAAGCUUAUUGUUAUCGUUUUAUAAGAAAUUAAAAUCUUUAUUACAAAACCUCAUUUAAAAUCCUAUUUACAAUCAACCUGCUGUUGCAAAAAAUCUAAUUAAUUCAUCAAAACACUAUCUACAAUUCCAUCCGUUACAAAAGAAACCCCCAUUCACUUACAAAUUCUAAAAAAUAGAAGUAACUUAACCUUACAUAAAAGAAGAGGAAAUAGAUAUAAUUAAUAAUAAAAGUUCAAAAUUCUAUAAAAUUAAGAAUUCUAUUAUGCACAGAUAUUAAGAUCAUACAAUCGAAUAAUACUAAUGACGGCUAAACCAGUGUCCAUAAAAAGCCCUAAGUGUAAAAGCAUAUAGACACGUAUUUCAGAUAUCUGCACUAGCGGCAUUUAUUUUACAGUCCAAUGAUUGCUCUAUCUUGCUACGAAAUGGCGUUCGCGAACCUCUGACGCAUGCAUGUACCGAUCUUAAGAGUUCAAACGAGAUCUGUGUCCUGAGCCAAGUGAUUACAACAUGAUAAGGCUCGGUGUUAUCGUUUUGUUUUUCUGUAUUAGUAUUUGAUUUAAUUUUUAUUUUUUUAUUCAUUUAUUCUUCAUCGUUGUAUCGACUUAAUUAGGAAUCUUUUAUAUUUUUCUAUCCGUUAGGACAAUGUAUUAGUUUUACUAUUUCUGCCCUUUUUUCUGUUCAGUUAUUUCUUAAUUAUUUGUUUCUGUAAAUUUGUUUAACCUAUGGAAAAUAAAAAAAAUGACUACUGUAGAAAAAACAAAAGAAAAGAAGGAAAUCAAUUAUAAAGUGCAAUACAUACUCGUUAGUCUGCUAUCUAUCUCAUGGAUUAAGUAACAUCACUCUGGUAUGUCACAUAGAUUGUGAUUCAUGCAGUGGAGGAAUAGAGCGGGAGGUAAAAAUUUUAAGGGCCUGUUAUUACAACAGAGUUUCCAUUUUCAGUUUGCCCAAUGCUUUUACCAGUAUCUAAACACUGUUGAUUUUUCAUGAACAUCUUGAAUAAAGCAUACAGAUGUAUAUAUUAUAGCAUAGACUGGAAAAGCACUUAUUUUCUUAAAUAUUAUUAACCCAGUAAGAAAGAGAACUGGAGGUCCAAUUACUUCUUAAACUGCAGCCUAAGUUAGACUUCAUUUAAAUAACCAACCCUUAUUGUUUAAAUUUUUCCUUAAAGUGAGUGAGCUCUGGGUCUUGGAAGUUUUACAUAUUUUGUUCUGUUCCUGAAAAGCUCUAAAGACUGGAAAUUUCUGGAAAAAUCCUUUCUAUGUUAGUGUGUGAUACAUUGCAUUGUAUUAUUAAUUGUUCCUGGUAAAUCAAGUGAUCAAGUUAUCACUACAUCAUUCCAAUCCAUCAUGGCUGUUGUUCAAAGAAGUACAUAAUACUAACAGGAUUGGCUAUAACUAACAUUCCAUUUACCCCCUAAUCCCCCAGCCCCCAACACCUGGGACCACCAGAUACAUCUGCACUUUCCGAUAUUUUGUAGAAUCCUACUUAAAAUAAUUAUCCUCUUGAUCAGAUGCAAUUAACUGGUUGCACAAUGGAUUUUGUGUAAUCUGUGUCUCGUCUGUACAAUUGUAGCUGCCUUAUAUACAGAUUGCAAGCUUUGCCAAUAACAAAAUAAUGGACACAGAAGGCAUCAAUCACCCUCUGUUGGAACAACUCAAUUUGUCUUGUAAGUACAGUGCAGAGAGGAGAAGUGUAGCAUCGUGUUACCAUGGUAGCAAAAGUUCUACAUCACAACAAUCACUCUCUCUUGACCGCAGUGCUAAAAAAAAACUUGAAUUUCCAGCUGUCCUUUGGGCAAGCAGCUCUCUCAUUUUGCUUGCCUGGGACAACUACUUACUCAUCCUAGGAAUUAGAGAAAUUGUGGGGAACGAGGUUGCCUGUCCAUGUUGGGCAUUAACCAUUCUACUCACAGACCUUCAAUCACCUUCCGUCUCAAACUACUAGUUAACUACUACUUAAACCCUAUCAGGGGACAAGUGCUGCUACUGGUUUCAGUGUACCAGUCACACAGCCCUCCCAAAAGUUUUGGAGCCCCCACCCCCUCCCCCCACUCAAUUUGGAAAAGAUAAAAGAUCUGGAGCUGUCCUGUGACAUGUAUUGGAAACUGAGAACAACAAUGAAUGUAUGCAAAUCACUAGUUAAAACUAAUGAUGUGCUUUCUGCAUAAUUCAUGCUCUAGUUAAUGAAAUUGUAGAGGUGACUGGAUUUGAUCCUAACAAGUUGGGCAGACUGAAGGUGCUGGAGCUGCGUGGUAACAAACUGAUGACCACAGUGGGACUGUUUAACCUUCCAAACUUAAAAGAGCUUUAUCUGGUAAGAUAACACUAGUACGGUAAUUAUUAUUAGCAUCUUGCUUGUAAUAGCAAUUAUGGGUAAAAAUCCUAUCACAAUCUUGUAAAAGUUUUGAAAGAUAAUAAUAAUAAUGAUAAUAAUUUAUUAAUAAUUUUCUACUUAUUCACAGCUUUUCAUCUUAGAAAUCCUAUACAUCUGUAAAUCCUAAAUUGAAAUUAAAUUAUAUAUAAAAACUAUUUAAGAAAUGCAAUAUUAUUUUAUUUUUUUGCUAAGUCAAAAGUUUUCCCCAAUGUCCACUUUCCUACAUAUUUUCAAAACGACGCCUAGAUGUUCAAUGAAGAUUAGUAACGUUCUUUAAAAUCGGUUUAGAAAAAUGCCUAAAAGUUUUGUCCAAGAUAUCAAGAUUAGUGUGUUCAAAAAAUCGUUUAAGAAUUAUCGUUUAAAAAAAUAAUUUGAGCCAUAUAAAAGGGAGUUUAAACAUACAAGGACAGCAGCAGCAAAGGAAACGUCUCUUGCGAAACUAAAAUAGGAAAGAAAUGUAGAUGUAUUGUUUGAGACUGGUAUUUCACUCAUAACAGAAUCGGAGGCAUAAUCAGAAGCAAAGAAUGAAGAUCAAACCAAAAUUGUCGGAGCAACGUCUUUUGCUCUGCUAUGACUCCGAUGAUCUGUGUAAACUGAAUUGUCGGAGUAAUUAACUUAAAUGCAAAGAGUGGGAAUGUGCAUUGCCUCACAGGUUUCUGCAUCUGUAUCCUCCGUUUUUGUUGUUGUUGCUGUUGUUGUUGAUUGCUUGUUUGUCUACCGUAGAUCGUAAACGGUGUAAUCACGGUGACGGCAACGUCACUCGCCGGAAAAGCGAAUUUGCGCUGCUUCAAGCUUCGUCGCGCUUAUUCCAUCUCGUUCGAUUCGUCCAAUGUAGGCAAAUUUUACCGGAGUUGAAUUCUAAAGGAGUGUACCGAACUUGGGAAAUAGAAAAAGGAAGUCGUUGUCUUCUGUGUCCGUCCCCCACAACUGGAUCACAAGCACUCUAACGACUCCCCUUACAGCUGUACGUGUCCGACUGCAGUUCAAUAGACCUGUUGGCCUGUAUGUUUUGUUUUCCUAAUUCAGACCACGUGAUGUUCCCUGGGGAAUUUGCCUUUUGUCUUUUCCGAUUAUGUAUUACCUGUAUGCACGUGUAUGCACGUGGAUAGCACGGAAUUUGAACGAAACAGUUCUCAGAGGUACCAUCACGUGGUCUGAAAUGGGAAAACAAAACAUACAGACUAAAAAGGUCUAUUACUUGUGAAAACCAGCGUUAAUAAAACAGCUCCAAUUUGUAUGUUUCUGUGCUUUCCAGAGCCGACCUUGUAGCUUCUUUUCUUCCUUCUCUGUUUUGGUGGUUUUGUUUGUUUGUUAUAGACUACGAGCAGUUCUCUAUAUCUAACCGUACGGCUUAGAAUAUUUAUCACGUAAAAUAAGUGUCUUAGUAUUCAUUCAAAAUAAUUCCCCAAUUCUGAUUGGCUAAAAGCACACGCAUAAUUCACCAUAACCAGUUACUGAUGACCAAAUUUGGAAGAAUUUUGUGUUUAACGAGAAAAUGACGUCAAAAAUGCAACCCGCUACAGGUUAAGGCACCGUUAGCGAGAAGACCCGGGGACGAGGUUGAGUUGUUUUGGUUGUGAAAAAAAAUGGCGGAUAUUUCACUCGUUUCAAGAGUAAGAACUACAGCUGGAACUAGGCGAAAUAAGAGCUAAGAACAUGGCAAAAACAGUAAGAAGACAACUCGGAGGGCGACAUCUGCUAUUUGGAGAUUAUCUGCGGAGCUGGACAAACCUAAACGUACGCUAUCGAAGGUGAACUUUAACAUCGAUGCAGGUAAGCAUGUUUUAGCUAUGUUUUUAAACUAGGAAUUAUUUUGAAUGAAUAAUAAAACAAUUAAUGAGUUCGGCUUUCGUAGGAUAUGAAGAAUUAAGCAGAUCUGGGAGAAUGUUAUCCACCUCGCCCUUGGUUUGGUGGAUAACACCCUCCUCGAUCUGCUUAAUUUUCAUAUCCUACUCAGUCUCAUUCAUAAAUUGCUAAUUUGUCUACAGUGUAUGUCUGUGUCUUCAGAUGUAGAUAGGGGAGCGCACGAAUUCACGAGCAUCACGAAUGAUGCUCGCAGUCUUAACUUGUUACCUUUCGGUCACAGGUGCAGUUUUGCGACCCGCUCUUUUUUUUAUGUGCGAUGGAACAAAGAAGCCGUAAAGUCAAGUAAUACGGGCAACAUUUUCGCUCAACUUGUCGCGAAACAACGUUGCAUUGCAAGUUUCAAAGCAUUGUAUCCUGUACUACCACCUUCGCCCUCAACUUGCCACGUAACAAAUUUCAAUGUUGUAAGUUGCGGCAACAUGUUCUGCAAAGUAGACCCGAGUUCUACUUUUUGCAACAAACUUUCAAUUUUAUCACUCGCGUCAAAAAAUGCCAUACGUCACAACGGUUGUGAUUGGUCGAUUUUUUCGCACUAAAAGCGCGGGAAAGAUGGUGUGUACGCGCGCUAGACCUCGGGCAAAUUUAGGCGGGAAGUAAACAUUGCGGAGGUUGUGGAGGUUGAAAAUGUUGAGACCCAAGAUUGUGAAUUAAAAAGUGAAAAAAAUGUCAGAGGCCCACAGAAAAGAUAUAUGCAAAAAACUUGAAAAGCACCCAUGCCUGUGGGAAACUUGUGGAUCAGAUUAUAAAAACAAGUAGCGAAGGACAAGAGCUUUGGAUGAGUUAUGUAAAAAAAUUUAAGCAAUAAUGUUCCGCGACUCAAGUUCCUUUACAAGCUGAUGGUAAAGCCCCCUUUCUUCCUGCAAAGCAAUCCACUCUCUCGUAUAAACCUUUCGGUUUCUUUUGCGUGGUUUGACCUUCUUCGUCCGUUGAUAAUCCUAAACUAAGGGUGGCUAUCCGUCGUUUACUUAGAAAGGCCAGCGCGUCCGCCAUUUUGUUUCGUGACACAAGACACACCGUUGACCAAUCACAACGCAGGAUUUUCUAGAUGAGCCGCAACUUGCAACAUUGAAAUUUGUUACCUGACAAGUUAAGAGUGAAGGUGGUAAUACGGGCAACAACGCUUUUCAAAUUUCAAUGAAACAAUGUUGUGCGACAAGAUGAGUGAAAAUGUUGCCUGUAUUACUUGGCCUUUACUAAUUUUAAUUAUUUUUGAAGCCGCAACUUUUUCUUUCCGGAUACGGCUUCAGUCCACACGUAUCCGGUGAAUUCAGCGUACGAAUGCACAAGUUUUUGAAUCCGCUAUGAAUCCGGAAUCGUGUGGAUGCUAAAUCCGGAUAGUUUUUCAUCCAGCGACGUGGCAAGAUCGAGCCCAGUUCUUUAUCGUGAAUACUGUAUUCUAAGAUGGCAACCUCGACGCAUGCUCUGUUGCCAAUAUUCCCAGAGGAGUCCUGAGUACUAGGGUGAUUUCAGAUACGUGUCGGAUACGUGUGGACGGGCAAAUUCGAUUUGAAAAACGGAUGCGUGUGGACGUGGAAGUUUUUGAAUCCGGAAAGAAAGAGUUGUGGAUUAAAGAAUAUCGGGAUACGUGUGGACGAGGCCAAGAGGCCAUUUAAAGCAGCGACCUUCAAUAAUAAGAGGCUACUUUCCCCUUUGAAAAGCUGACUAUUUGUAAUGUUUUAAAUGUAUGUUUUCUCACGAAAAAACUCACUGUAGUAAACGUUUUCUAUUUAUCAUUAUUUUUUUGCCUUCAGGCAGCGAACACGAUCCGCAGUCUUGAGGGACUGGACAGACUGGAACAUCUAGCAAAGCUACAUCUCCGUGAUAACCAGAUUGAGAAGCUGGAUGGAUUCUCUGAAAAUAUGAAAAAUCUACAGUACCUUAAUUUACGGUGGGUACAGUUGAAAAUCGUCAUCGAUUAUUGCAGAUAUUUCGUAAAAUGAUUGACUGUUUUAAACAUUAGAAGUUAAUUCAUAUGUUUUAAGUGUCGUGUUAAGCAGUAAACACAGCAAGCAAAAUUUGUGUCUUUUUCUUUCACAGGGGGAACAAUGUUUCAGACAUGAAGGAGGUCGCCAAACUAAAAUGUCUACCGCUUUUAAGAGCGCUACUUUUGAUGGGUGAGUGCACUGGUAAUUAUUUGUUAUUCUUACUAUUUUUUGUUAGUUCCCUCUCUUUUGGGAUUUACGAGACCGGCUUAUCACAAUCUUUCAUCACGUGUACAAUGUAGGGCGUGCUCUUAACCCCUUUACUCCAUGAGUUUUAUCUAUUUAUUAUUCAUUUCGCCUCUAUAACUAGUGAAAGGGUUAGCCUCGUUCUGAACAGUCAAAAUCAGAACAUUUCUCGUACCUCAGCUAUGAUUCAAACGUACGACAAAAUCAGAUUGGACACCUCAUGACAAUUACACAAUUCAUCAUUCCCAAAAGAGAACCCUAUUUAUCGGGCACAUUUUUUAGAAAACUGAGAGAAUAAGAGAAACUUAGUUUCACAGUUAGUUCUUUAUGGAUACGGAUUAAAGGCGAAUGUACGCUGCUCUGAUCUGUUGUUGUUGUUGUCUCUUUUACUUUUUAAGUUUUAAUCCCAUUCCUCUUUUUCAAUUGUAUGUAAUUUUUUUUCGGGUUACUUUGCAAUUGCUUAAAUUGCAAGUACCACUGCGACGAUCAUAUCUUGACAUAAAUUUAUAUUUCGGCAAUUCAUAUCAUCAUUCUAUGUUUCAUUCCUUUCACGGGUUAAGAUGAAAUCAACAAGUCGGCCUGCUCCCAUGUAUGGGUCUUCAUAGCUCAGUUGGUUAGAGCACUGCAGCGCGAACGCAGAGGCCAUGAGUUCGAAUCCCGUUGAAGUCCCGAAAUAUUGUUGUGGGGUUAAUUUGCAAUUGCUUAAAUUGCAAUUACCACUGCGAUGAUCAUAUCUUCACAUAAAUUUGUACAUGAUGUAUUUUAAUUGAAAGGAACCUCCUGAUUUUGGAUUAUCCAUGUAAGAUACAUAUGUCACCAUAAUUGUCAAUUAAAUAGGAGAAGUCUUUACGACAAGUUGCCACGGUAGCAAAAUUUCUGAAUCUCAACAAGCCGUGGUCAUGCAAAUAUGGCAGAAAAAAUGAAGAAAAAUAACAUGUAUCAUUUUCCUGUGCAUGAUUGCACUCAGGAACAAAACGGUAGCCCAUACUUUUCUUCCAUUGUUCAAAAAUGUAGAUGGCCGCCUCUGUCAAGAAAGGUUGUUGAGAUCCAGAAAUUUUGCUACCAUGGUAACCUGACGUCACACUUCUCUUCUCCAUUAUAAACAAUGACAAUUUUUCAGCUGUAGCUAUGAACUGCAACUGCAUUAUUGUAAUCAUUACACGUCUGUACCUCACAGAAUGUCCGGUAUCUGAUGAAGAUGAUUAUCGUAUAGAAGUACUGAUCAGUCUUCGGCGACUUGAAAGAUUGGAUAAAGAUGAGUACACUGAUGACGAGAGACAAGAAGCUGAAGAGGUGACUGAUACUUAACAUAAACCUUUCUCGGUGACUUCAAUCUGUUCCGUACACCACACCAACAGUCGCCUCAUGUAAGGGAUUCCGGAAUCCGGAAAAUGAGUGCUCGUGGAACCUGGAAUACAGCUCAAGGAAUCCGGAAUUCUUCUUACUAUUUGAAUCUGGAAUCCAGUACUUGGAAUCCAGAACCCAUGGCAUGGAAUCCAGAAUUCAAUACUGUCUUGGAUUUCCUUGCCUGUAGUGACAACAGCGUUUUAGGGGCACCCAACGACUUUUUUUUUCUCUACAUACUGUUCGAGGAGCAAAUAUUACCUUGAAGUUUCUAACGUUCGAGAAAAGCUAUCAAUUUCUGGAUAUUAGUAUGUGCUUUCACAAUAUUUUUAUCCCCAACAUAUUUAAAAAGAGUUUAUGCCUUUACGUAUAAGGCAAACGGCGAACAUCAGAUUCAAGUUGAGAAUUUCUCAAGAUAAGGGUUAACAGCCCAGUUGUGCUCUGAUGACUCCGUACAAAAUCCUUCUAAAUUUGACUCACUUCAUAACAUUUAUUAAGAACCGAGUCAAAAUUAUAAGAAUUUGUAUGAAGUCAUCAGAGAAUAUGGGACUAGUAUCUCCCAACACAAUUUACCCCACAGUGCUAGUUUUUGGCAAGUAGGCCUUUCAGAUGUUCUUCUCAAAAUAUCCCAACAAAUCCCAUAAUUUCACAAAUGAAAUUUUUAUGACGCCAUCACUUUAGAACUCUCACUCUUGCGCUAUCAUGAACAAAACCACCAGCUACGCAGGCUAGAUUUUGUGCUAUUAACUUGCACCGCAUUUGCAACCAGAUUUAAACUUGACUUUUCGCAUUUCCUUUCCUCCUUGACACACAUGCCUUCUUUCUUCAUUACCGCACAAUAUGCUUUCGUCAUUGUUGAUUCUCGCAGCAUGCAUAAAGCGUGCCACAUCUUAGCGCAGUAUUAGAUACAUGUAUCCUGCGAGCAAACUCUCCCGGGGAGCUCUUGGAACCCGAGAGAGCUUGCUCGCAGGCUACCCAGUAUAUGGCCUUGCUUUCCACUCCGCGCUAGACCCGGUGAGUGCAGACUGAGCGUGCAGUUCGAGCAACUGUUGUAAAUUUUCUAUUUCAAAAUGUUUUAUUAAUAUGUACUCAUUGAUUUAUUCCAUUUUCUUUUUCAGAUUUAUGAACAAAGAAGACAAGAAGAAGCGUUAGCGGUAAGCAACACCACAACAUCUACAAUAGCUGUGCAUUACGCGCCCAUACUGAUUUCCCGCUCUUGUUUUAUCUAAGUACACGAGGGACAACAACUUGUUGUAACUUAAAAUAGUUUCCUUCCUUACUUUUUCCUUUCACUUUAUUUUUCUUUUAACUGGUCCGUCAAGAUUAGCAAUUGCUAUUUUGAGGGCCAGUCUAUUGUAAUCGAUAUUUUUAUUAAGUAAAGUUGAAGGUGGGCUGUCUUCCACCUAGAACUACAGUCGACUCUCUCUUAACGGGCACCUCUAUAAGACGGACACCUCUUUAAAACGUUGGUUCCCGCGUUUCUUUACUCCCUUUAUUUGACUCUCUAUAAGACGGACAUCUCUCUAAGACAGACACUUAGGGCCGGUCCCAAAGGUGUCCGUCUUAGAGAGAGUUGACUGUAUCGGGAAGACAUCAGUCUCACUCUAGCUUGCGCUAUAGGCGAAACUUAAACUCUGGUAAGGUCCAUCUGCGGGCCAUCGCCAAAAUCAUCGAUCGUUCUGGCCCCCAGCUGUGCACCAAGAUUUGAGUACGCGCCAUGAUUUUUCAUUAGUCAAAAUUGAUGUUAGUUAGCAUCGCAACGAAUUACUGGAAAUGCGUUGCGAAUUUCCCUUUAACCUGCUUGCUUUUCUUUCCAGACUGGAACUCAAGAGGUCAUCCAUACCGAUGAAGACGACUGAACCAUAUUUAGUUUAUUUUUAACUGUACAUAUUUUUCUUGUAAUAUUGUGUGUCGUUUAGUGCAUUCAUUUGUUUUAGUGGCUUUAUAAGCAUGUCAUUAGCGUCUCCAAUUAUUGAAAGGGAAAUAACGUUGGCAACCCAUUGGACAAACCGCUGUUCUCAAAAUACACUUUCGUAAAACCCAAUGUUGAGUCUUAUUUCUUGAUAGUGCUGACAAAUUCACAUAUUAGGCUGAUUUAGCAACAGAACGGGAACGUCAUUUGACGACGAGAAAGCGCGCGGAAAGGAAUAAACUCGACUUCCGGUGCCCAAUUUGCGGCUGUGCCAUUAGUCAAGCCAGUUUUUUGAUUUGCGUGCGCCGUCGUCAAUUGACGUUCCCGUUCUAAAUCAGCCUGGGAACUUUAGCAACGACGACGGCGACGGCAACACGGACGUCAAAAAAGUAAUAGGUUUAUUACGCAAAACAACAACUUUGCACGUGCAUCACGCUUUUUUGUACAUUUCUUUACCGUCCUUGCGCGACUACGACGUGAAAAUGCCUAAUUUCAAGUUUUAUGGCGGACGUAAACAAGCAACGACGAAUCUCUUUUUCUCUCUCUAAACUUGAGUGCGGUGCUUCAGAAAUUAGUCCCAGGGAAAUUCGCCUACAUUUGUAAUUUCAGCAAAUUGGAAUAAACGCGAAAAAGAUUGGAAAAACGGGAAUUCAUUUUAAAACUGACGUUUUCGCUGCCGUUGCCGUCGUCGAUGGGGACGAAACUAUGGUGCAUGCAAUACUUUCAUUGUUAUUGAAUGCAUUUAUUUCCGUAAAACGUGGAAUUUUUACCACGUGACUAUUUUUUCCUUUUUAUGUCGUUUACUGUUCAUUACUUCUCCACAAAAAUUAGUAUUUUCACAUCAUUUUUAUCCAUAAGAAAUGCUUUGGACUGUUUUUAUCCCCUCAUACUUUUUUUAUUUUGCGAAAUUCUCAAUUAAAUCUAUCGUAUGCCAUAAUCAUAACUGUAAACCCCUCUAAAGUGAGAGGUACUUAUUUACCAAGAAGUGUUCAUUAUCCUUACUUCUGAAGUGUUUGUUUCACGGAUUGUGAAGGAAUAACCGGAUGAUGUUAAACAUUGGUGUAUGGGCUGCUUUGAAACAUUUAAGUUAAAGAAAAUCCGCGUAGUCCUAAGAUUUGUCCAAGCUUGAAACGUACAAGCAGAGAAUUGUUUUGGUCAUUAAAUUUUCAUGUAAAGGAUAACAGCGCCUGCGCAAAUCAAACAUUCAUUUUGUUGCUUCGGUUGAACUCGUGACUCGCAACCUGUUGUCUCCUUUUUCCCCUAAUGCGGAGCCUGGUUUCAGACUCGUUGCAGUUUUGUGUAUCGAAACCCGAGGAAAAAUAUUUGUGUGAAAAGUUUGACCUAAUUCAGACUUGAUCCAACCGUAGAAUAUGCAAGCAUAAGUAAAUUUGAACACGUUAUUUCUGUCCUGUGUAAAUUGUUGACCAUGUGCUCUCUGAGGCACUAGGUUCGCAGUUCAGCACCUUAAACAAGUCUACCAGUAAAGUGAAAGCUUUGUUACAAAACGAGUUGCAGGUUUUUAUUACCUCUUUUUUCCCCCUAACUUAAGUCAUACUUAAAAUAAAUCAAUAAAAUUCUGUACAGUUCGCAAAUAAAAUACUGAAACUUUUCUUU